AUGGAUGCCCUGGAGGAGAAGAAGGAAGAUGAGCAAAGAGUGGAAGAAAAGCUGAAGGGUUUGGCAGUCAGUGGUGACCUCCAGGAUGUGGAGACAAAGGUGCCUGUGGAGCAAGACUGUUUUGCCUCCUCCUGCCCUGGAAUUGAUUUUGGCUGUAGCUCUGUUGACAUGUCCCAAUUGCCGUCCUCAUACAAGACCAAUUCGCCCAAGGAAAAGCAGCUGCUGCACAUCGCUGAUGAUUUCCUCCAGCAAUAUAUUCACCUCUGUCUCUUCCUCCACCCAGUCAACGAGUGUGGAGUGGAGAAGUUUGUGAGCACAACGAUGAGGCCAACCCUACUGCCUUACACAGAGCUGUACACCUGGGAUGGAUGUGCCAGCUUCAUCUCCAAUUACCUUGUCAUGGAGCCCCUCGAGUGCCCUAUCACUCUGCCCACUUCACUCUAUUCCCCAACCACCACCCUGAAACGCCAGCGAGGGAACUGCUUUGACUUCAGCAUGCUGCUGUGCUCCAUGCUUAUCGGGGCCGGGUAUGAUGCCUACUGUGUGCAGGGCUAUGCCACCCUUGAGACAUGCACCCUGGAUGAGACACAGGAGCUGUGCCCACUGCUCAGGAAGCCACUGGAGGUACCAAAACAGGAGGUGAAGAAAAAGUAUAGAAUUAAGCCCAUACCAGACAUGCAGAGCAUGCAGGAGGCCAAGAAGGCAGCAGCAAAUGAAGCUGCUCAGAAGGACAAGGAAAGAGAUGAGAAGGUGAUGGGAAAACCCAAGCCUGAACCUUUGCAUGGCUUGCGGGUGCAUGCAUGGGUUUUGGUUCUGUCUGGGAAGAGGGAGGUUCCUGAGACCUUCUUCAUCAACCCCUUCACGGGAAACAGACACAAUACGACAGAUAAAUGCUUCCUUGGGAUCGAGAGCGUCUGGAACCACAGGAACUACUGGGUGAACAUGCAGGACUGCAGGCUCGGCUGCAAGGAUCUCACCUUUGACUUGAGUGAUGCUAUCCGCUGGGAAAUCAUGCUUUCAGAGAGCAACCCUCUUCAGCUGCUCCCUGAGGAGGAAGAAGAGUUAUUUGACAGUGACACGGUGAGUGAGCCAAAUGGCUCUUGUGCAAAGAGAGUGAGUUUUGACAUGCCACCAUCGUGGGUAGCUCCAAUUCGGAUACCUCCCAGAGAGUUUGAGACCCGCUAUUGCCAGGGGAAGAAGGUGACUCUGUACAACAAAGCAAAACUAGAGAAAUGGGCACCAUACCUGAAUGGCAAUGGGCUGGUGCAGCGCCUCACCAUCUACGCAAAGCCAGACUAUACUGAUGUAGUGGAGGUGAGAGAGUGGUUUGAAAACCGAGAAGACAUGCUGGUUAGGAGAGAAAUGAAUAAACAAACACAGCUGACCACAGACUACUUCAGCAAAGGACAUUCCCUCUGUCUUAAAGCUCAUACCUGUACGUCGCUGGAACCCAAGACUGGACAUACAAUGGAGUUCUACAGUGAGGCACGAGUUGAUGGCCUCCAGAAGCGUGUUGAAACUGCUAGUGAGAUGACAGAGUACUUUGUGGGGCGGGAUGACUUCCUCUACCUCCGGCACAUCAACUUUGGCGAACGAGGAGAGGAAGCACAGAGAACUGACAUUAACUCCCAGCCUAUCGUGCAAAUCAAGGAGUGUUUUCACAGAAAUCCAGAAAAGCCUGCUGAUGAAGAUGUCGCAGAAUGUAUCUUUCUGAUCACAGAGGAGGACAUCCAUCUGACAUACCACCUCAAAGAUAAAUACAUUACUGCCUCAAAGAAGCUUUUCCACAAACUGCCAGAGAGGGAUAGUAAAGGACAUAAAGUCUUCAUGACCCCAGAACCAUGCAUGACAUACCAGGCAGGGUCCUUUGAGAAAGGCAAGAGUUUGUUCCAUCUGUACAACUUGUUGAAGGAGCUGACAGCGAAAGAGAAGUGGCUGAAGGAACAAGCCCGGCAAUCUGAAGCAGAG